AUGCAGUGCUUUGUAGGUUGUCUCCGUGCCUGGCUUCACAUUGAGAAGCCUGAGCGGAGUGCAAAUCCAAGUCUACGCAUCGUGACCGCGAAUGAUGUCUACAAGCCCGAGCGGCUGGCUUUGGUUCGUACUGCUGCACGGGCGGCUGGAGCCACAGGCGCACCUGUCAAGCUGGUUCUGCCCGGCGAUUUGCUUGGCGGCUCCUUGUAUGCCAGUGAACAUUUGGGAGAGUCCACCAUUGACAUCUUGAAUUCCAUGAGUGUCAACUACUGCGUUUUGGGCAAUCACGAGUUCGACUAUGGCGAAGCGCGCCUACGUGAGCUCAUGAACAUGUCCCAGUUUUCAUGGCUUGGCUCCAACGUUCGGGACCUUGACUCGCAGUCCAUCUUUCACACGACUCUGGAUUCCGAUGCGUUCUGGAUACAGUCCCGUGAUGGACCUGUGCAGGUUGGUGUGUUUGGCUUGUGUACCUCUGCAACCCCUCAGCUUUCAGACCCGGGCAAAAACAUCAGCUUCGAAGAUCCCACCCUGCAUGCAACCAGGUGUGUGCACGCACUGCAGAAGCGUGGCUGUGAAGUCAUCGUUGCCCUGACGCACUUGAGCCUCUACCAAGACAAGCAGCUGGCCGAAUCAUGCGCUGGCAUCCAUGUCAUCUUGGGAGGCCAUGAUCAUGACCCUUAUUUCUUGAUUCACCACGGCGUGCUCAUUGCCAAAUGUGGCCAGAAUGCUGAUCACGUCGGAAUACUGGAUUUGUAUGUGGAUCGAGCUGCGACUGGCUUGGAGCUGCGGCACUCCUUCCACUUCCAAAGUACAUCGGCUGUUCAAGAGGAUCCUUUAGUGGCAAAAGUGGCGGCAAGGUGGAAGAAAUCGGCCACAAGUGGCGAGGAAGAGCUCUGCACCGUGGGAUCCUCAUUAUCCAGUCGGACACAAGAGCUUCGCUCCACGGAAAAUGCCUUCGGCUGCUUGGUUGCGGAUGCAAUGCUGUGGGCCUGCCGUCCACACGGCUGCCACGUGGCGAUUGUGAACGGUGGCUUCAUCCGACAGGACAACGUGUACCCUGCGCACUCCGCUUUGACAGCUCUGCAGGUGAGCGAGGAGUUGCCCUUCGCGGAGUGCCCGGCAGUGGUACGCAUGACAGGCCAUGACCUACGCUAUGCUUUGGAGGAGAUGCUUCGGUCAGCUCCGACUCCAGUGGGCUGCUUCCCUCAUCUGUCAGCUGGCAUGCGCGUGAGCUACGAUCCCCAUGCUCCGCCGAUGGGACGAGUAAGAGGCUUGGAGGUGGAAGGUCAAACAGUUGACCCGGACGGUGAGUACCUGGUGGCCAUAAAUCGCCUGUUCAGCGAAGUUGCGGCCGAUGGGGUAGAGACGUUUUGCAAGAGCGAGCGCGUCUACACCCACCACCAAUUAUUUCGAGAUGUGGUCGUGGACUAUUUGCGCGAGCGCAGGCAUGUUAGUGGAGAACUGCCGAGGCGUUUGGUCCCGGCAUCGGGUCCCUGA